GACAGCGUAACAGGCGAGAGUCCGCAUGCUUAGCCGGUUGUAGCGGAUUAUUUCGCCUUAAACUUUAUAAUUAUUGCAUGUGAACUUCCUGAACUGACAGACCCGUCUUCUGUUUUUGAACUUUGGACUCUUACGAAGACUUUCCUUGAAACUGACUCUUAAUAUCAUCAAACUCCGGUUUCGUUCGCCCACAACACAUCCGCCACGGGAGAGAAACGGCCCAGAGAGCAAGACAUGUGGAGCCACGCCCUUCUGUUCACGCUGCAGGUUCUCACCAUUCCUCCCUCUGUGUUCAGUCAGCGUCCUGUAACGGCUGAACUUCAUCAGGCCGCUACUCUCCACUGCGACCGGAAAUGUUCUGGUUUGGUUAAAUGGACCCGGUUUCAUCUACCAGGUCAUGUUCUGGCUCAGUGUGAUCAGACAUCCUGCAGGUCCGAGAAGGGAUUUAAUAUCUCCCAUGAUCAGUACCUGGAGGGGAAACCAUAUCUCACCAUCGCUGCGGCUGAUUACACUGCGAGAGGGAUAUACACCUGUCAGUGUGAGGGUUCAGAGGUCUGUAACGUGCGUCUCUUCAUUAAGGCUGUGGAGGUGACCCGUGUGGUUACCCCAGGUGAGCCCAUCGACGUGCUCUUACCCCUCAGUGACAUGGAGGUGCGAUUUAGUGCGAGCGACGCUCUACACCCAUCACCCCUGCAGAUCUGCACCGUGGACAACGAGAGGAUGGAGUGCAGUCCAGAGUACAGAGAGAGAGUGUCUCGCAUCAACACGCUCCAGAUUAAAGAUGGGAAUGCGUCCGACAGCGGGAACUACACAGUCCGGGACCGCAUGAACGAUGAGACCAUCGCCGUCGUACAGGUCCAUGUGAGAGCGAAGAAGACGGAUGAUGAAACCUCGCCUCCAGUGAAAGGUGAACAUGUGUACAGCAGCUGGAUUGUCGGACUCGUGUUCUGUGUGGGUUUGGUGAUUGGCGUUCUCCUGUGUCAGUUUGUCUGGCCGUGGAUACUUACAGGCUGGAGUCGUGUCAAGAAACAAGGGCCAAAGAGUCCAGAGUGUGACCACCGUCCUCUGGGGAAGGACCCCGAUCCUCCUGAAACCACCUCGCUGAAUUCUGUAUGAAGUGUCUAAACAGGGAUGAGAAUUUUCUGCGGAUCUGUGGAAUUCCAAGUUUUUCCUGCUGAAAAUGUCAUUUUUGUGAAACGUGUAAAUCCGUUGAAAAAAUUCAACGGGGGGGGUUGGCACGAGGCGAGGCUUGUGGUGGCACAAGCAGGCAGGACCGACCUCCUGCCCGCCCGCCUGCCAGCAUCUUUCGGCAACGCUCAUCGCAAAAUUAGUUGCAGCUGUGAUAACGGAAAUCGUCAUUGCUUUCUUCAAUAUUUAUGCUAACAACAACUCACGACGAUUUCCGGCAACGUUUUCGUUCUAGUUUCAUCUCACUUCUACAAUUCACGGAGAAACAAGCUAUAUGUACAUGGUUUUGAUCACUUCUUAAGUCCUAGUUAUUUUGGUUAGUUUUCAAAGUUACUUCGCCAAUAUGGCGAAAGUUUUGGACCGCAAAAAUGAGGAUCAUGCCACGGAAAUCGAUAAAUCGAAUGGGAUAAAGAACUGUUUCCGAUGGGCAUGACUCGAUAGUAGCGUUACCGUGCAGAUAGAGACACAAACUAUGACGACGUGCCUGACGGAACAUAUCCGAAAAGUGGCCGUGCCGGGAAAGGUUCUGUGUAUUCUGUGCUCAGAUAUGAUCAAUUAUGGAAACAGAGGAGCUAGAAACAUCCAGGAGCACAUCAAAACAAAAAAGCACAAAGGUAAGUUUUACUUAAAUUGUCAAAGAUAGUCAGGAGGAAUCUAAUCUAUCAUUACGGUUACCUCCAUUAUCACUCAUGAUAGAUAUAUAUAUAAUGUCACGGAGUGAGCCGUGACGCUCGCGCGCACACGCACACACCUCUCACGCAAGCGCACAGGCAGCAAUCUGCCGGCAACAUUCAAACAUCUUGGCUGACCUGUUGCUGUGAGUUGCACUUCAUUUCCAUUACUGUUUUCUGUAUGGGUAUUACUGGUUUUCAAGCAUUUCAUACUCCACCGUUUGCCGUAGUUUCUAACGAGAGCAGCAUUUGUUGCGAGUGCAGGGAAAAGCAUUCUAGUAACAUUUGUUUGGCUCCACUCAUAUGUAAAACGCAUCACACAUUUCUGAGCAUUUUCAUCUCCCAUCUGUUAAGCAUCGUCUCUGGUCUAGGAAACACACGUACAAACUGGUUAUUUCUAACGUCAAGUUUAUUUAGUUUUAGCACUUUUAUAACACAAAACAGUUUUCAGUAACUCAUCACGCGAACUCCACAUACUUCCUGUUUGUUGUGAGAAACCGAGGGACUGUACCAUUGGCUUGUUAUGGAGGGGUUUUGCGGGUGUUUGGUAGAACGGACUAUUUUAACGGGGGUGUUUUACUGGUGUUGGGGAAACGUAUUUUACGAUGCACUGAAGGGUUUUUGGUUAAAGAAAAUUAUUUUGGAUGUUUGUAUAUUUUGUGUUUGUUUCUUUAAAUUGUCAUUUUGUGUUUAGGAUGUCAUUAUUUAGUUGAUUGAUUAAUUUUGCAAUAUGGGCUCAGCUGUGGGCGGGGCUGCGGGGAUGAAAGCUCUGCAGUAGCUCCAGAGCCUCAGGUCUGGUUGGAACGUCUUGUUUGAAGGUGCUGUGGUUUGGCUGACUAUGGUGAGGGUCUUUUUAAUUUAGUCUGGCAAACUUGAAACCUCCUUUAUUUUUGUAUUUUCUUAUUUUGUUUGUAUAGUUUUCUUUUUUGGCAAUUUGAACCUUUGGUUGGCGCACUGUAAACAUUUGCACUAUUUUAAGAAAAGUUUUGAAAAUAGAAAAAAUAAAAAAUAUAUUUUUGGAGGAAGAAGUUUUCCGGCUCUCUGUCUGCUCCACCGCCGUCCAU